AUGUCGCUGUCUGAGGUGCGGUCUGCGCGCAGCUCGCCCGCGCCGGACGCGUGCCCGGACUGUGACACCGGCGAGUCCGUCACUUCCGACCUGCACAAGUACCAAGUAGCAUGUACAUGUAAGCCUGCUUCCGCGCAAUAUGCAUGUGCAGACGAUCCCGGACCCCCCGCGCCGGUGAAGACCGACACACCCCCCGCGCUACCCCCACGACCCCCCACGAGUGUACUCGCUGCUACAAAUAGACGGAAUAAUGCGUCAGUCGGCUGCAAUAAUAAUCCAACAUGUCGCCGGCGGAAAUACGCGUGGUGGUGUUGUGGCUGUGGCGCACUGGCCGCCGCGUUAGGCGGUCUGCUGGCUGCCCAACACAUCCUUCUGCGCUCGUAUACUGCUUCUCCUCAUCAUCUGGAGACUGUUCCGGCUGCUGUGCCGGCUGCUAUGUUGGUGUUGACAGGCUUCUGCAUCAUGAGUUUGGCUCGGCGACGCAACAGAUACAGCUAUAUGGUAAGAAAAAUAAAAGUGGUCGGCGCAUUUUGCCUUGUUUGCGCUUUAACUUGCGUUUUGGUCACGAUAACUACGACUGUUAUACAUAUGAAUAAAUUGCAGACUCUGAAAUUUUGCGAGUAUACGAAGCUUACUAGAACAUGCACAUGCUAUUCGCUGCCUCCCGACUUGCAACACAACGGGUCGGACGACGAUGUUCGCUGUGUAUUUGAAGAUGUCACGGACUGUGGUGUGGUACAUGGUGCCCUCUAUUGGUGUCUGAGGGGAGUGUUCGCACUGUCUGUUAGUGCGGUGCUCGUCUGCAUCUGUAGCUGCAUGCUGGCUUACCAGCUCUUGAGGUGC